AUGAGCUCAAACGGCUUGACGGUAGAGCAUUUGGCUGCCGGCGCGAAUAGACAGACUGCAGUUGCAGACUGGAGCCGGACGGGGCUGUUGGCCUAUGGAGCAGAUUGCAACAUUGCUCUAUGGCGGCCGGCUGCUGACCCUCCAAGAGGUGUAUUUAAACUCUUGAACGGGCAUAAAGAAACAGUCAAAGCUCUGGCAUUCCUGCCCAAGCUUGAGAAUGACCCCUCAAGUUAUUUCAUCAGCGGCUCAGAUGACAAGACCAUAGCGGUCUGGAAAUCCUCUGACGGCAGACAAGACUUCAAGUUGCUUCAGACGGCAUCUGAGCACACCGGGCCGGUAAACUGUGUUACCGCUCUACGAGUCACUGCCGAGCAGCCAAAAUGGAUAGUCGCAACUGGAGCGGCAGAUGCAACGAUCAGGAUUUGGAGCUUUGAGAACGAUCAGCUUGAGCUGAUCCAAACUAUCAAUACGACACCAAAAUAUUUCCCUCUAUGUCUUUCCCUCAGUGUUCUCGGCGCCGAUGAUGGCGCUUAUAUCCUUGCCUCGGCCGGCACAAAGGAUGUCAUCCAGAUCUUGACAGCCGAGGCCAAGGCGGCCAAGGUUCAGUUCAAUCUUCAGGCAACGCUCAGCGGCCACGAAGGCUGGCUUAGAUCCCUGAGCUUCGCGAAGGAAACAAAUAGCCCAGACAGCGAUCUUCUUCUCGCGUCGGCCUCCCAGGAUAAAUACAUCAGAAUCUGGAGAGUGCACCAGGGCAAGGAGCUCCCUGCCCUCGCUGCUGAAGGCUCGGACCCCUCAAGCGGUGCUUUCAUGCCAGGGAAAUCUCCAUCAAACAAAGCCCACUGGCUCAAAAUUUCCGACAAGGACUUUUCUGUAACAUUCGAGGCUCUGUUGCUGGGCCACGAGGAUUGGAUUUACAGCGCCAAGUGGCAUUCCCAAGCUGAUGGCAAGCUGCAGCUCUUGUCUGCUUCUGCAGAUAACUCGCUGGCCAUCUGGGAGGCUGACCCUGGCUCCGGCAUCUGGGUCAGUAUGGUGAGACUUGGAGAGAUUAGCAGAGAGAAAGGUGCCACGACAGCAACAGGAAGCACUGGCGGCUUCUGGACCGGCCUUUGGUCUCCCAACGGAAAAUCAGUAGCUUGUCUAGGUAGAACGGGCAGCUGGAGAAGGUGGGAAUACGAUGCCUCAGAAGACAUGUGGAGGCCUCGCAUUGCCAUCUCUGGCCACACAAAGGCCGUUACCGGCAUUUCGUGGUCCAAAGAUGGCGGCUUUCUCCUCUCUACAAGCUCAGAUCAGACAACCCGGCUUCAUAUGAAGUGGAAGAGCCACGGCACAUGGCAUGAAAUGUCUCGCCCUCAAAUCCACGGCUACGAUCUGAACUGCAUCGACUCGCUGGGUUCCUCGCAGUUCGUUUCCGGCGCUGAUGAGAAGCUGAUGAGAGUGUUCAGCGAGCCCAAGGCUGUUGCUACUAUGCUUAAUCGGCUGGGAGGCAUCGACGGAGCAAACAUUGCAGAUAUGCCUGAUGCCGCCAAUAUGCCCGUGCUAGGUCUCUCCAACAAGGCAAUCGACACUUUGGAUGACGACCAGGAAAUUCAGCCUAUAGACGACCGUGAUCGGGAUGCUAUAGACCCUGCAUCCAUCGUCAAGAAAUCAUAUCUAGACAUCGAUCACCCACCAUUCGAAGAAACCCUGUCUCGGCACACCCUCUGGCCCGAAAUGGAGAAGCUCUACGGUCACGGCUACGAAAUCUCCUGUCUUGCCGCCAGCCACGAUGGCAAGCUCAUUGCUAGUGCCUGCAAGGCCAGUUCUAUCAACCACGCCGUCAUUCGCAUCUUCGAGACGGAGAAGUGGACGGAACUCAGACCUCCAUUGGCAGCCCAUUCUCUGACAGCCACCCGGCUCCGAUUCUCUUCUGACGAUAAGUAUCUUCUGAGUGUUGGCCGUGAUCGUCAAUGGGCCAUUUUUGAGAGAGGCGUUGGGGAAGAUUCAGCCAUUCAAUACCAGCUACUACAGUCUAACGCCAAAGGCCACUCCCGAAUGAUCCUCGACGCCGCAUGGGCUCCUUCUUCAGUGCCCCUGUUUGCCACAGCAGGCCGAGAUAAGCAGGUCAGAGUCUGGUCGUUGUCGAAGCAAGGCGGCGAGGAUGCCAAGCCCCAGUUUACGCAAGUGUCUUCGCUGGCUUCCGAUGGGCCGGUCACAUCGGUUGAUUUCUUGACACAGCCCGUUGGAAACAAAUAUGUUCUCGCGGUUGGCACGGAGAGCGGGCGUGUGAGCCUAUGUACAGUGGCUGAAGAUGGCUCAUCCAUCUUGGAGCUGCCGACAUCUCCUGAGUUGAUUCUUCCCAAGACAGUACUUCAGCUCGCAUGGCGGCCGGUAAGCAGGGAUGAAAAGGAAGCCAGGUAUGAGCUUGCCGUUGCUGGAGAGGAUAGUUCGCUGAGGCUCUACGGGUUUGGAGAGGAGUAUUUCAACGAGCGGAAGCAGUCAUGA